AUGGCUACAACAACCAUCCAAACGAAGCACUUGGGGCAGAUCCGGGGCAAGACCGCUGCAGGCGUAACACAGUUCCUGGGGGUCCAAUACGCUACUCUCGAGAAUAGACUUGCCGAUGCACAACUCGUGGAGAAGCGCGACGGCGGUAUUCUCGAUGCGACAAAGGACGGACCAACAGCUAUCUUACCGUCGUUCGGAUGUGAUGUAGAGCUGGCCGCCAUCCAGCAUAAGUUGCCUGCGAAAGAGCUCCCGCAGUCGGGUAUCGACUGUCUCAAUUUAAACAUCGCCGUUCCCGAGGGCACUACAGAAUCCUCGAAACUCCCGGUGUUUGUCUUUGUUCAUGGCGGGGGUCUGCAGAUUGGAGCCAAUUCGUGGCCGCAACUUGAGUUUAUGCGGUUUGUAAAAUUGUCCGCUGAGAAGAACUUGCCCGUUAUCGCAGUUUCGAUCAAGCACAUCGCUGAUUUUGGAGGAGAUCCAGAAAAUGUUACAGCAGCUGGGGAAAGCGCUGGUGCAGCAUCGGUGAUAUAUCACCUGAACUCCGAAGUUGCUCUGUUUAAGAGAGCUAUUGCCAUGAGUGGCAGUAACCUCUUUACUCAAGCUUUGCCGUACGAGACUCAUGAGCAAAACUAUCAGCGAGCGAUAUCCGCAUUGGGCUUGAAAGAUGCCAGCAUAGAAGAGAGAAUUCAGAUUCUGUUGGAAAAGCCAGCACAAGAGCUGAUUGCUAUAUUGCCUCCCUCGAUUCUGGCUACUCCCGCAGUAGACGGUGAUUUGGUGACAUCAGCUGCCACGCAUGCCCAAACAGCUGAUAAAACCUCUAAUUUGCCAAAGAGAAGAGAUUGGUGUACUGAUUUGAUGAUCGGCGACUGUCAGAUGGAUGCCAGCAUCAUAGCAUUAAUCAUGCCGGACCUAAAGGAAAACUGUGCGCAGAAAUUUACCACAGCCAUGAACAACGUACUAUCAUCACAACUGGACGUGGCGCAACGCAUCCUGAGUGAAUAUGGUAUCAGCAAGGGCAUGGCCGACGAGGAGGCACUACCUGCAGUACUUAACUACAUCAAUGAUAUCUGUUUCUUUGCACCUGUUCUGACCCUCACACGGGGCUGGAGAGGGAACUCUCACGUUUACUACUUCAAUGAAGGGAACCCCUGGGAGGGACCAUGGAAAGGAAAGGCAACCCACAUUCUUGACGUUGCCUAUCUAACUCAGAACUUUCAAGAGUUCAUGACACCCUCCCAGCAGCUUGUUGCGACCACAUAUGCAGAAGACAUCUUCAAGUUCUGUCACGGCACCAACCCAUGGCCAGCAGUCACAGACGGUGAUGUCACUACCAAUUUCACGGCAAGAGUGUAUGGCCCUAGCUCUGAAGGGCAUGAUGUUAGGCUAGUGAGUGAGCCGUACAGAGGUGAGAGCCAUCGGAGAAGCAUCUUGUUUGACUGCAACGAUGUAGUCUCUCUGGACGAGCUGGCCGGAGUAUUCAAUGUUUUCAGGACUAUGUGAUGGUCGUGAAGUGGAC